AGGGGAGGUGACGUCAGCGGCAAACGUAAACAAUAAUUCUACAUCCGCUUCUUGUGAACGGACACACUUGUUUAUAAAAGGGUCAGUGUGUAAUUCCCCAUGAAGAUGUUAAACUCGUCCGUGUGGAUGUGUGUGUGGUUUUGUUUCUCGUCUUGAGCUGUGCGUGACGAACACAGAUGGUCUUAGUGUGGAGUGAGUGAGAAAGUUGGAGUGUAUUUCUCAACACACAAAGCCUUGAGAUGGAGAAGAUGAACAGGGUCAACACCAUCAGUGGCCGUACCAUGUUUUGUCACCUGGAUGCUCCUGCCAACGCCAUCAGUGUGUGUCGGGAUGCUACGCAGGUGGUGGUUGCGGGGCGGAAUAUUUUCAAGAUAUACGGUCUGGAGGAAGAUGGUUUCGUGGAGCGUCUGAACCUGCGCGUGGGACGCAAACCCUCGCUGAACUUCAGCUGCGCGGACGUCAUGUGGCAUCAGAUGGAGGAGAACCUGCUGGCCACCGCCGCCACUAACGGAGCCGUGGUGACGUGGAACCUGGCGCGCCCGUGCCGUAACAAACAGGAGCAACUGUUCACAGAACACAAGCGCACCGUCAACAAGGUCUGCUUUCACCCUACCGAGGUCAACAUGCUGCUGUCCGGCUCUCAGGACGGCUUCAUGAAGUGUUUUGACCUGCGAAAGAAGGAAAGCGUCAGCACGUUUUCUGGUCAGUCUGAGAGCGUGAGAGAUGUGCAGUUCAGUAUGAAGGAUUAUUUCACGUUUGCCGCCUCGUUCGAGAAUGGAAACGUGCAGCUGUGGGACAUCCGCAGACCCGACCGCUACGAGAGGAUGUUCACCGCUCACACCGGCCCCGUGUUCUGCUGUGACUGGCACCCUGAGGACAGGGGUUGGCUCGCAACAGGCGGACGUGACAAGAUGGUGAAAGUCUGGGACAUGUCGACCAAUCGCGUGAAGGAGAUCUACUGCGUUCAGACCAUUGCGUCGGUGGCCAGGGUGAAGUGGCGUCCGGAGAGGCGCUUUCACUUAGCCACCUGCUCCAUGAUGGUGGACCACAACAUCUACGUGUGGGACGUCCGGCGGCCAUUCAUCCCCUUCGCCACGUUCGAGGAGCACAAAGACGUGACUACAGGAAUCGUGUGGCGGCACCAGCAUGACCCCUACUUCCUUCUGUCCGGGUCCAAGGACAGCACGCUUUACCAGCACAUGUUUAAAGACGCCAGCAGGCCCGUCGACCGCGCCAACCCUGAAGGACUCUGUUUCGGGUUGUUCGGCGACCUGGCGUUUGCUGCCAAAGAGAGUCUGAUCACCGCUCCUCCUUCUGUUGGGGACGUGGGACGUAAAACCUACCCAGGAGGCGAUCGGCGGUACCCCAUCUUCUUCUUCAAGAAGCCCGACGUGACGGAGCAGUUUGCGCAGGUUUCCAGCGCGCUCAGUGUGUUUGAUAGUGGGCCGGGGGGCAUCGGCGGCAUGGACUGGUUCAUUAACACUGCACAGAGUUACUUGCUUAGCGGAAAACCCUUCGCCGAACUCUGUGAGCACAACGCUCAAGUCGCCAAGAGACUCAACAGACUGCAGGAAUCCACCACAUGGACGAUGCUGCGAAUUAUGUUUUCCGAGCCGGCUAAUCCGUCCUUGUCAACCAAUCACAAUCUGAAUAAGUCAGGAAACCUUCCACUCGUCAACAGCUUCAGCAUGAAGGAGAUGAGCGCUGCUCUCAAUGAGAGAAACAAAGAAAACAGACAAGACAACAUACACAGCUUGGAGACCAACCUCAACAACAAUGACGAGAACGAGGAGACGGAGGGCAGCGAGGGUCAGGCGGAGUAUCUGUUUGGAGAUGCUGAACUUGAUGACGACGAUCUCUACAGCAUGGAGCACGAUAACCAGGCAGCCGAGGAGCCCGAGUACCUGCUCCCUCAGGAGGCGUUCCCGUUACGCCACGAGAUCAUGGACCAUCCCUCGGCGCCCGAGCCGGUGCAGGAGAAGCCCGAGUCGCCCCACGUGAGCGGCAGCGAGGCCGAGAGCAUGUGCCUGACUCCCAUGGAGUCCUUCAGCCUCAUUUCUGUCUCGCAGCUGCUUUUCUCGCCCCACCUGCCGCCCAAGUUCUUCUGCCCCAUAGUGAAGGAGAUGCUGUGUUACUACGCCGAGCAGGGCGACGUGCAGAUGGCCGUGUCUGUGCUGAUCGUGCUGGGAGAUCGCAUCCGUAAGGAGAUCGACGAGCUCACACAGGAACACUGGUACAUGUCCUACAUCGAUCUCCUGCAGCGCUUCGAGCUGUGGAACGUCAGCAACGAGGUGAUCAAACUGAGCACGUGCGGCGCCAUCAUGUGUCUCAAUCAAACCUCCACCACUUUACACAUCAACUGCAGCAACUGCAAGCGACCAAUGAGCAACAAGGGCUGGAUCUGUGACAGGUGCCACCAGUGUGCGAGUGUGUGUGCGGUGUGCCAUCACGUGGUCAAAGGCUUGUUUGUGUGGUGUCAAGGCUGCAGUCACGGAGGACACCUGGAGCACAUGAUGGAGUGGCUGAAACAGUCCAAACACUGUCCGGCCGGCUGUGGACACCUGUGUGAAUACACCUGACACAAAACACUGGACACCCGAAACACAGGACCAAUCAGGCUGCUACUUACAGGGGAAAUAACUGUAACUCAGGGGUGCCCAAUGACUGCCCUGCACAGUUCAUCUCCAACCCUAAUCAAACACACCUGCCUUUAAUUUUCAAGUGAUUCUGAAAUCCUUAAUUGGUUGCUUCAGGUGUGUUUGAUUAGGGUUGGAGAUGAACUGUGCAGGAGCAGGAGUAGGAGUGGGCACCCCUGCUAUAACUAAUGAUCUGAUGAUAAUCAAACACAUGUAAGGGAAUCUGUUCACUCGAAUGUGUGCUAAAACAAUCAGUAAGCGUUUUUCGUUUUUGGAGAUGUUGUUUUAUAAACACAAUCUAACGUAUGUAAUCGAAUUACACUCAAGAUGCACUUGGCUUUGGGAAUAUGAUUCAUUCACAUUGAAAAUACUCUGGAAAAUUGUGUAAAUGAACAACACAGCAAGAAGCAAUAAAGCCAGUCUUUGCUAGUCA